AUUUUACAAUUUAUUAAACUUUCAUAGAUUUUUAAUCAAUAUUUCUAAAGAAAAAUAAAAUAAAUGAAUUAAGAAAAAAAAUAUUUCCACAAUUUAGAAGAAUUUUUAAACUCUUCACUUUAAUCUCAUUAGGCUCUCUUUAUAACUCUAAAAUAAUUUAGUGAUGAAAAUGCAUCAGGCUUAGGUUCUGGUUUAUCAAAUUGCACUAAUCUAUCUAAUUUGACACUUGAUCUAAGUUAGAAUAAAAUUAAUGUUAUUGGCGCAUCAGGCUUAGGCUUUGCUUUAGCAAAUUGCACUAAUCUCCAAAAUUUAACACUUAAUCUUCAUGGCAAUUAAAUUGGUGCAAUUGGUACAUUAGGUUUAUGUUCUGCUUUAGCAAAUUCCACUAAUAUCUCAAAUUUGACACUUGAACUUCAGAACAAUAUAAUAGGUCCAAUUGGUGCUUCAGGCUUAGGUUCUAGUUUAGCAAAUUACACUAAUUUAACAAAUUUGGCACUUGAUCUUUAGUAAAAACAGUUUAUUUGUUUUAAAUAGUGCUAUUUUUAAAAUAAAAAUGAAUUUAAAACAAUACAGCUGACUUUUUUAAUUUAUUUUUUUUAUUUAUUUAGAUUUUAUUUUUGA